AUUCGUACAACUGUGCAACAACACAACGCAGCUGGCUUGGUGGGUAAAUAUAGUAACUGCCCAGUAAAUAACAGAAGAGCGCCCCAGUGCCACCCGAGAACCCAGCGGCAAGGCGUUAAAAUGGCGAUAGAGUAAGAGCGGAGUGCUUUUCUUUCUAUCCAGGCGUAGACACUAGCUCGCCGGGCUGUGCAGGCGGAAAGCACCGAUGUUUGUGCAGGAGGAGAAGAUUUUCGCGGGGAAGGUGUUGAAGGUCCACAUCUGCACCGUGGAAGGAGCAGAGUGGCUGGAGGAAGUAACAGAUGACACUACCAUAGAGAAACUCAAGGAAAUGUGCUUGAAACACUGUGUUCAUGGAAGCCUAGAAGACCCCAAAACUGUGACUCAUCACAAACUUAUCCACGCUGACUCUGAAAGAGUGCUAACCGACACUAAAACUGUAGUAGAGGAGAAGAUUAAAGAAAAAGAUGUCUUGCUGUUAAUUAAAAAACGUGCCCCUCCUCCACCUCCCAAGAUGCUUGAUGUUUCUGCAGAGGAAAAGAAAAAGCAGGAACAAAGAGCUCCAGACAAAGAAGCCAUCUUAAAAGCAACAGCAAACCUACCUGCACGCCAUUCUGAUCGGAUUGUCACGCAGCACAACAUGCGAGAUUUUCAGACAGAACUCAGGAAAAUCCUUGUGUCACUUAUUGAAGUGGCACAGAAACUGCUGGCACUGAACCCCGAUGCAGUAGACCUGUUUAAGAAGGCCAACGCCAUGUUGGAUGAAGAUGAAGAGGACAGAGUGGAUGAGGUGGCACUCCGACAGCUGACUGAAAUGGGCUUCCCAGAGCGCAGAGCUGUUAAAGCGCUGCGUCUUAAUCAUAUGUCGGUGACGCAGGCGAUGGAGUGGCUGUUCGAGCAUGCAGAUGAUCCCACUGCUGAUGCCCCUGUGCCUGGCCAGGAGGCGACCGGAGCCACUGCUGGACCUUAUACCGCAGCAGCAGCGUCAAUAUCAUCAGCAGCAGCAGCAGCUUCAAUACCAUCAUCAGCAGCAGCUUCAAUACCAUCAUCCUCAUUAUCAGCAGCAGCAGCUUCCAGUGCAAAAGUCGCUUCAGAAGCCGUCACUGAAUCCUCGAAGCAGGACGAGCUAACAGAAAUCUUUAAAAGGAUCCGAAGGAAAAGAGAAUUUCGACCAGAUUCACGAGCAGUCAUUGCAUUGAUGGAAAUGGGAUUUGAUGAAAAAGAAGUUGUUGAUGCCCUGCGAGUAAAUAACAACCAGCAAGAUGCGGCUUGUGACUGGUUGCUGGGAGACAGGAAGCCUUCGCCAGAAGAUUUAGAUAAGGGUAUUGACACAAACAGCCCCUUGUUUCAGGCCAUCCUGGAAAACCCUGUCGUACAGCUGGGACUUACCAACCCAAAAACACUUUUAGCAUUUGAAGACAUGCUGGAGAACCCGUUAAACAGUACUCAGUGGAUGAACGAUCCAGAGACGGGGCCUGUAAUGCUACAGAUAUCUAGGAUCUUCCAGACACUAAACCGAGCAUAGGGUCUCCCUCCUGCCUGGGCGGGCAAGCUGUCCUCAUGCACUGGAAACUAGGUGGGCUCUGUGCAGUGGGAAAGCAGCAGUGAUCCUCUGUUUUAAUAAGGGAAGUGUGUGUGUGUGUGUGUGUGUGUGUGUGUGUGUGUGUGUGUGUGUGUGUGUGUGUGUGUGUGUAGAUUUGACUCUACUUUUGCCUUGCGAAUGCAGUGCUGGAAGUGACAUGUAAAUGGGGGGGCGACAAAGGUUUGAUUGAUUUAUUUAUAAUACAGGAGACGCUUGUAAAAACCAACGUGAACAUUUUUUGUUACAGUUCUAAAAAGAACAAUAUUGGGUUGUUAACUUGUUUUAAUUUAAACUCUGUUGGCCUAAGAGACAAUAAAUCAUCGCCAUCAUCAAAGUUUACACAAAUGUAUUUUGUAUUUUUAUUCAGGUAGUUCAAAUAUAAACCAUAGUGGUUAUCUUCCUCUAAGUGUAGCAGUGUCAAAUAAAUGCUUUCCUCUUCUCUGUU